UGGCAGAUGGUCUUACCCAGUGUGCAUUGUUCCUUUAGUGUCUCCUUUAUCCACUGUAAUUGGAUCCUGGAGGGAGCCAGCGAGCAAGGGAGGGACGGAGGGAGGCUGGGCGAGAUCGCUGGGGGCGGAGGGGAGGCAAAAUAGUCCCGAGGCUUUGGCCUGCGCCUCCCUCGCCUGUCAAGCGCUUGAUUUCAUUGUUCCAGGCUGAUGUCACUCCCAGUUGUUACAGACGCUUCUUCGGGUAACAAUGUGGGACUAGGAGGCACAAAGGUCCUUUCUGGAGAUACCCCAAAGGCAGCUGUGCACACUUCUAAGCAAAGUACUGUACUUCAGCCACUGAUCAUGCUUAUGGUGAGGCCCAGAAGCAUCUUGAAAAUAAAGGGAAACCACUAGGAAACUCCAGGAUUAUAGGAAACAAAAACAAUGCAGCAUUCUUUGGUAUUGUUGCGAAGUAUAUGAAUGUGUCCAUAUUAUGACUAGGAGAUCGGCACCUUUCAUCCUGCCAAGUGGCAUAAAGUCAUCUUUCAAGAUUUGCCAACUUCAACACCUUCUAGGCCCAGGGUGUUGAUUUUCCUUAGAAGCAAAUCCAUGCAUUCCUAUACCGUGGCAUCACCAGAUAGGAUGAGUGGCUCAGAUAACGGAUUGGAGGAAACAGAACUCAGCAUUACUCUCACUCUCCGGAUGCUUAUGCAUGGAAAGGAAGUUGGCAGCAUCAUAGGCAAGAAAGGAGAGACUGUGAAGAAGAUAAGAGAACAGAGUACUGCCCGGAUUACCAUCUCAGAAGGGUCCUGCCCUGAGAGGAUCACUACCAUUACAGGUUCCACAGAUGCUGUUUUCAGAGCUGUUUCCAUGAUUGCCUUCAAGCUGGAGGAGGACUUGGGAAAUGGAGCAACCAAUGGAGGCACCAUCUCCAAACCACCCGUAACACUGAGGCUGGUCAUCCCAGCUAGCCAGUGUGGCUCACUAAUUGGCAAAGCUGGAGCCAAAAUAAAGGAAAUCCGAGAGACAACAGGUGCUCAGGUCCAGGUGGCUGGAGACCUUCUGCCCAAUUCCACUGAAAGGGCUGUAACAGUCUCUGGGGUACCAGAUGCCAUCAUCCAGUGCGUGCGACAGAUCUGUGCAGUUAUACUAGAGUCACCCCCAAAAGGUGCCACGAUUCCUUACCAUCCCAGCUUGUCCUUGGGACCGGUUCUUCUGUCAGCCAAUCAGGGAUUUUCCAUGCAAGGACAAUACAGUGGAAUAUCUCAAGCUGAGGUGACAAAAUUGCAGCAGCUUUCGGGACAUCCUGUCUCAUUUUCAUCCUUGGCACAAACUCCAUCUCUAGUUGCAGGCCUGGAUGCAAACUCUCAGAAUAGCUCUCAGGAGUUUCUAGUUCCCAAUGAUCUGAUUGGCUGCAUCAUUGGCCGCCAGGGGAGCAAGAUCAGUGAGAUUCGGCAAAUGUCCGGAGCACACAUCAAGAUCGGGAAUCAGACAGAGGGUUCUUCCGAACGUCAUGUGACCAUCACAGGCACACCAGUCAGCAUCACUUUGGCUCAGUACCUCAUCACAGCCUGUUUAGAGACGGCCAAAUCUACCUCCCAGACGCCCCCCGUUGACCUCGGCAUGACUUUCUCCCAGCCCCUCACCCCUUCGCCAGCCCCAGCGCUGACAGCAGUGGCCGCACCUCCCCCAGCCUUGCUUGGUCCCCCCUAUGCCAUCUCCCUCUCCAACUUCAUCGGCUUGAAACCCAUUCCCUUCUUGACACUGCCCCCUUCCUCAGCCACGGGGCACAAUGGCAACCUUGCCACCUACACGACCAAGAUCUCCACAGCCAAUGCAAGCAAGAAGGCUGGACUCCUGCCCUUUGACAGCCAGGAAAUCAGCAGCAACACAGUAGAGGGAUCUAUGGAUUUUUUGCCUUAGCAAAAAAUAGCAAUAAGACUUGUACACCAAUUCACAGUGAUUUACAGACCUCUGUUAAGCGGUUUACAGAGUCAGCAUAUUGCCCUGAACAACCCUGGGUCCUCAUUUUACCAACCUCGGAAGGCUGGAAGGCUGAGUCAACCUUGAGCCGGUGAGAAUCGAACUGCUGAACUGCUGGCAGUCAGCAGAAGUAAUACACAAUACUGCAUUCUAACCACUGUGCCCCCAAGGCUCUUAGUACCAAGAUGGGCAGCUUUUAAACAAAAUGCUUGCCACAAACAGUGGUUUAAGCUUAAAAUAUUCAGCAAAAAUCCAGAUGGCCAUUAGAUGGUAUUGAAAGGAUAUCAGACAUUCUAAUUCUUCACUGCUAUCCCGGUGAUCAAUCAGAUAUUUGCAGCCUAGAUAUACUGACCCUAAUAGUUACUCAGUUCAGAGCAGACACAGAUGUGCUUUCAGUCCAUGCCAAAUGCCAAAACACAUAAGCCGAGAGUGUACACCUGGUUGCAGAUCCAGUCCUUGUACUAGUCAGGUUGUCCUAGUGUUGUCGAAACAUUUCUCUGUGUUGAAAAGACUAGAAUGGAUACUCUUACAGCCCUUGGCAGUCACCUGCACAGAUUGCCAUUGGUCCCAAGCUAGCUUCCCCUUUAGCUCCAGCAAAAUAAUUCAUUAUGGCAGCAUUCCCAUUCUCAGUAGCAGCAAGAACCCAGCAAUAGUGACUAGUGGAUGGAAAGGGGAACAUGUAGGCAUACAUAUCAAGGGUGGGUUCUACUUACCUUUACUACCGGUUCACAUCGUCCCCACGCUCACUUGCUCCACUCGCAAGCACACGCGCGCGCACUUCUGCGCCUGCACAGAAGAGUUUUGCUGACAUUUGGGUCAGUGAGCGGAGCCUCCCACUAGUUUUACUACCGGUUCUAUAGAACCGGUCCGAACCAGGGGCAACCCACCAUUGAUACGUAUCCAACAUUCUAGUCCAGGGGUAUCCAAACUUGGCAACUUUUAAGACUUGUGGACUUCAACUCCCAGAAUUCCUCAGCCAGCAAAGCUGGAAGUUGAAGUCCACAAGUCUUAAAGUUGCCAAGUUUGGACACCCGUGUUUCUAGUCCCUUUCAGAGCUAGCCACUUAAUGUGGUAUGCAAAAAAAAAGUUUAAGGAAACAACCGCUUCAUGCAUUGCAUUUUGUUCUUUAAACUUCUCAUCUCUCUCUUUUUCAGGAACUCCACAACUCUAUAUAACCACAACUUUUUCCAUCUUCCCCUUUCUCUUAACCUAGUCAAUUCUUCCUCCAUGUAUUUAUUUUAAUGAUAAUAAAGUAUUAAACGUGGAUGCAGCCCGUCUAUCAAUGACUCUGGGCAGCUCACAACAACGAAACAAGAAAAAGAUCAAAUCAGUAGAACAUUAAAGAUGUAGAAGAUGGCAAAUGUAAUGAAGUGAGGGUCUCAUUUUCCCCUCGCCAAAGGCCUGGGUGAAGAGAUAGGUCUUCACGGCUCUUCUAAGCAACAGUGGACUGGAGUCUAUCAGACCUCAAGGGGAAACUUGUUCCAGAGGGCAGGCACUGCUAUGGAGAAAGCACACUUCCAGGAUCCUGAUAAAUGACAUUGUUCAAUCAAAGGAACCUGGAGGGCACCAGCCCUGUAGGAUAGAAUCAGCCAGGCAGAUGUCAUGGGAGGCAAGCAGUCCCUUAAGUAUUUAUCUAAUUUGUAUAGCUUUCCAUCUCACAAGCAGGUGACCCUGGGCAGGGUACAACAAAGCUAAAACAACAAGUAUUUAAAAUAAUUAUCAUUCACAAAUGUAAAGCAUUAGCAAACUACGAAGGCAGCUAAAACAAGAUUAAUAGAUGAAGGGAUGUUAAUAGUAAAGGUUCCACCUCAUUUGUUUAUCCGUCCCUUGAUAUCCUCAGGCCUACCAGCAUAACCAAGUCUUAAGGACCUUCAGAAGUCUAGAAGUGAUGAGAAGUGAUCACUUUAGGGAGGGAUGUAAAAUUCCACAUGUGGGAGCCACAGCCAAAAAAAAAAAGGCCAGUGGCCUAGGACCCAACAAAUGUAGCUGCCCUUUCUGUUGUAUUUGGCGGCACGGAUGGAUGAAAAUUGGGGUGAAGCUGUCCCUCAAAUAAGGUGGUCCCAGGUCAUGUAGGGCUUUAAAGCUCAAGCGUCUUGAAUUGGACCCAGAAACAAGCUCUUGCUGCAGAGGUGUAAUAUGUGCUAUACAUUAUAUAACUGCUCGCAGUGCUGUAUUUUGCAACAGCUGAACUUUUUCAAAUACUUUUCAAGAGAGCCGGUGUAAAGUGAAUUGGAAUAGUCCAACCAGGCAGUCAUCAGGGCAAAAAUGACUGAGUGGGGCCCCUUGAUCCAGGACUGGUACAACUGGUGCACAAUAUGAAGUCGUUCAAAAGCUCGCCAUGACUGCCGCUUGCUCCUUGAGCAGGACUCAUGAGUCUAAAAAGACCUCCAAGUUGCACACAGUCGGUUGGAGGAAAGGCAACCUCAUCCAGUACCAAAGCAAUAACAAUAGCAAUAGCACUUAGACUUAUGUACUGCUCCACAGGGCUUUACAGCAAUAUCUGAGAGGUUUAUAACGUCAGCAUAUUGCCCCAACAAUCUGGGUCCUCAUCAUACCAACUUCGGAAGGAUGGAAGACUGAGUCAGCCUUAAAGCAGUCAGGAUUGAACUCGCUGUGGGCAGAUUCAGCCUACACUACUGCAGUCUAACCACUGCAUCAUCACAGCUCCUGGUGGAAUAGAACCCAAAGCCACUCAAUCUUGCCAGAGUUCAUUUGAUGUAUGUUGUUUCCAAUCCAAACCUUCAUAGCCCCGAGACACCAGGAUAGCCCCAGACCAGCAGGAUAUCCAUAGCAUUGCUUAAUUCACCAGGGACCAAGAUACACAACUGAUUAUCAUCAGCAUAUACUUCACAAUACUUCAUCCCAUGUCAACAGAUAUCUUCACUCAGUGGGCUCAUGUAGAUGUGGAAUAGAGGAGGGGAAAGUAACCUCUGUGACAUAUCACAUAACAGGGGCCAAGGGUAGGACUGUCUCUUCCCCAAUCACCACCAACUGGAACUGACCCCCAUAGAAAGGAACUUAACCAGCACAACUGUGUACUGCCCACUCACAAUCCUCUAAAUCAAUCCAGGAGGACCAUAAUCAAUAGUAUCAAAAGCUGCUAAGAAAUCAAGUAAGCCAAAGAUAGACCGCCACCACUGUCUUGCCAUUGCAGAGAUCAUCCAAAAGUGCUGAUUUUGUUCCAUAACCAAUCUGAAAUCUGAAGGAAAGGGCCGAGAUAAUCUGAUGCAUCUAGGAACUGCUGAAGGGGUUACACAACCACCUUCUUAAUCAUCUUCCCCCAAGGAAAAGUUGAUUACUAGGCAAAAGUCUAGUAUUGCGUGAUCCAGCAAUUGCUUCUUGAGGAGGAAGCACAUGAAGCCUCCUUAAGAGAUAAAGGAACAAUCCACCUUACUCAAAAAUUAAUCACUGCUAGGACCCACUCACACAAUACCCCCUGUUGACUUUCAUGAGCCACGAAGGGCAUGGAUCUAAAGAGCAGGUGAUUGCGGCCACCGUUCUAAGGGUCUUGUCCACUUCCUUAGGUCCAACAAAUUCAAAACAUUCUAAGAUAACCAGGUUAAGACUACCCUAGGUAUCUUCUGAAGACCAGCAUUCAACUGUGAGGAAAUCCAAGUAAUUUUGUCCAACAGAUCCUGAGCAAAUUCUUCCACCAGUCCCUACAAAAGGUUUCUUUGCACCCUUUUACUCAAGAGGGCUGAUAUCACCCAAAACAGGUCUGUGGGAUGGCAAUCUGCACACACAACAUGGGCAUUAUCACUUCACUGUCUUUGCUGCUAGAAGCCAGGCCUCUUGCCAUUGGCAACUGAUGUUCUAAAUCAAGUUUGUCCUUAGUUGAACACCAAUUUUGUUCUUGACAUCUCCCAUUUCAUCUCCCUCAGCUCAUCCAUAAAUCAUGAGGAAUGAAAACAUUUGCAAAAGGGAGAUGUCACAUAGGCAUGAUCCAAUCCAACACCUCAAUCAACCUUGUAUUCCAAACAGCAAUAAAAACUUCAGAAGGACCAUUUAGUAAAGGAAUAGGAAUCACUCGCAGCUAACCUCUGAAACCCCUCUGGAUUGCAAGUGGUUGACCAAUCUAAUGGAUCCAGCCUCCCUGCAGUCGAUUGCAGCUUCAGAGAAUCCCAUAGUAAAUAGGACGUGAUCUGACCAUGACAAAGGGGACACUAAUAGCUCUAUCAGCGAAAGAUCACAGACCCAUUGACUGCUCUGACAGGAACACCAGAUCUGGUGUGUGACCACUGUCCCAUGAUGCCCUUUGCCAUAAUGGUAGCCAUGGACUCCUGAGCUACCUCAGAUUUCAUUCCCAGGGAAGGCAGAUUGAAGUCCCCCAAGGCCAUAAAUCCAGAGAACUCCACCACCAACCAGGAGGUGGACUCAAGGAGCUCAGGCAGUCAGCAGCAGCUGGAAGCCAGGGCUUCUGAAAGUCUGCUAUCCAGGUAUCAGGGCUAAGAUCAAAGAGCAGGAAUGCAAACCUGAUAUAAAACACUGGUCGAAUAUUCUCUGUGAGUGGCCCAUUUCUCGUCUCCUGCCAUAUUUCUUUCUCCCCUAACCUGUACCAGGUUAUAUACCAUAUAGGGCUUUAUAGGUAACAACCAACAUCUCAAAUCACACUCUGAAACAAACCAGCAACAGUACAGUUUGUGCAGCAGAAAUGUUAUACAGACACAUGAACAUGCCAAUUACUGCUGAUGCUGCCACAUUUUGGACCUGUAAGCUGACUAGGGCAUGCCUGAGGAGUGACCCUUCCAUCUAUGAAAGAAUGCAGCUGGUGUACCAGGUGGAAAUGUGCAAAAAUCUUCCUGGCUACAGCUAACACCAGCUGCAGAUCCAAGGAGAUCUCCCCAACCUUGGACAACAAAUUGUUACCUCAUCAAGUAAGCAAGGUCUAAGAUGGAAUAUUCUCAGAUCUGGGUAAGUCAAACACCCACAGCCAUUCUGUCUCGGUAGGAUUGAGAAGACAUAUUUCUCCCCAUCCAAACUCAUGUGGCCUCCAGGCCCUGGGUUUUGACAGCCUCAUUGGCUGGCCCAGAGUCAAAAGAUAUAAUUGGGUAUCAUCAUAUGUCAGUUCAGCCACUCUGACUUAUUAAGCAAAUCAUGGCUAAAGAUAAUUGCAGCUCAGCAUGAGGAAUGAACCUUUUCAAACUGGAGGAGUGGACAUAGAACCCUCUAUAUAUGUGUUUCUAUGACAAAAAAUAUAUAUUUCAUAAGGAUUUGCUUCAAAUGCAAUAAUAUGAGAUUAAGUCCCGAGGAAGCACUAUAGAGAAACUGUCGUGUCCCAUUCCUCCGCUGACGGCCGGGUCAGGGAAAUCCGAAUCAGGCAUGCCUCUGCAGCUCUGCCAAAGUCCUAGCAAAGUUCUCAAGGCAGGCAGGAGACCAGGAAGUGACUUCAGCAAUAUUAGGUAGACUUUGCCUGACUCAGAGAAUGCCAGAAAGCAGAUCCUUUAUAUAGGCCAUGGGGUGUGGCUGCAUGACUCAACACUUAUCCAGGCCUGCCCCUCCCAUCCUUCUGUUGACGCCGCCUAUCAAUUCUCCUGAAGCGAGGGUCGCUCCAGGCUGCAGCUGUUGGUAAUUGACCUUCCUCAGGCUCACAUGCUGUGGGGGAGGGGUCUAGUUGCUCCGUUUGCCUGGGCAUGGAGUCAGGGCUGGGGGCUGGAAGCACUUCUUCUUCCUCGGCCUGUCUGGGCAGGGUGCCAGGGCUGGGGCCUGGAGGCAUGCCAGGACAUUCCUCAGCGUCCGGAAGGAGAUAAGAAGGGCCUGGCUGCGGGGAAAGCGAACGAGACACAACAGAAACCUUUGUGGGUACAGCUUGCUUCCAUGCAUCUUUCCCACAUGGAAAGACAGCAGAGCUCUGCAGUGCCAUUGGGGUAGCAUAGAAAUCCUGUAAAAUAAGCACAUAUAUUAUUAACUCCGGAAUUUUCAGUAAUAUUAGUCUUGGGGAACGUACGUCAGACUUCCUUUGAUUUGAUCUCUUUGCUUUUCUGCUUAAAUAAACUAACCCGGUGAAAGCCAGGCACCCCUUUCAUAAAACCACUUUUGCUGGUCAAAACUAAAUGUUUGAAUCAAUAUAAAUCGGGGAGGUACAACCUAUGCAGCUCCCAGAAACAGCAGAAGCAGGAAGAGCCUUCCUCCCCAGAUGCCUCCAAAUUAUAAUUCUAAAGAAAAGUUAAAAAGGGUAAGAGUUCUGAACUACAUCAAGAAUGAUCUUAUUUACUAUGUGUUAAUUCAUGUUAAUUACAUGUGAUUCAUUUAAUCACAUUUACUCUUCAUUUUAACACCAGCUGACUGGUUUUGGAAAGUCGUAGCUGGCAAGCCACUUAACACUUUUCCUGAAAUUGUGCUCUCCUGUUACAAAUGACUCCAAGUGAAAUGGCCUAGAUUAGUUUGCCACACAUACGUAUGAGUGUAGUAGCAGAAGAUAAAGCAUUUCUUUCCUACACAGGGUGGCAAACUAGGGCUACAAUUGCAUCCAUGAGAGUUGGUGAUGCCACUGUGAAGGGAAUGAUGGCAGGCCAAUAGAAAAUAUUUGUAACUCAGGGUUGAACUGUGGGGUCCUUGAUACUCUCUGAGCUUGGUUGGUUUUUUGUUUUUGCAAACAUUUCGAUAUCCAACUAAGUAACACAGGGGUGUCAAACUCACAUCGUCAUGGUGGCAUCACAUGACGUAUCGUGACUUUCCCCCCCUUCGCAAAACCAGGCAUGGGCGUGGCCAGCGUGUGAUGCAUCCGGCCCGCGGGCUGCGAGUUAGACAGUCCUGAAGUAACAUCAUCAGUACUGAAUCGUCUUCAGGAAAACAACUAAGCUCAGAGAGAACCUCUGGUGGCGCAACAGGCUAAUGCAGCCUAUUAUUAACAGCAACUGCCUGCAAUAUUGCAGGUUCAAGUCUCACCAGGCCCAAGGUUGACUCAGCCUUCCAUCCUUUAUAAGGUAGGUAAAAUGAGGACCCAGAUUGUUGGGGGGCAAUAAGUUGACUUUGUAUAUAGUAUACAAAUGGAUGAAGACUAUUGCUUGACAUAGUGUAAGCCGCCCUGAGUCUUCAGAGAAGGGCGGGAUAUAAAUGCAAAAAAAAACCCAAAAACCAAGGACCCCCCCACAAUGAUGGCAAUCAAUUGCAAUUCAAAUGGCACAUUCAUACUAUGAGACCCAAUUCCUGACUAAAACAUGAUAAAUGAGGAAAAUACUAUUAAAAUCUAGAUGCCAUGCAAUAAACAACAUUGACACAAUGCCCGUUACCCUGACAAAAGGGCUAAGACUGCAAAAACAAUGGGGAUCAAGGAAUUCUGGGAGUUGCAAUUCCAGCAGAUAGAGAAGGUCAUGCUGCAGAAGGCUUCCUUACUUUCCUUUCAUUGGAGAUUCUGACCGCGCAUAUGAGAUCUUGCAUGGUCCAAUAUUGUGACUCCUGUGGGGUCCUUGGUGCACUCUAGCUGUUGUUUUCUUGCAGACAUUUCAUUACCCAGCUAGUUAACAUCAUCAGUGCUAGCUAAUAUCUGAUGAUAUUUCCUAGUUGGGUAAUGAAAUAUCCGGAAGAAAACCACCAAGCUCAGAGACCCCUCAUUACAAUCCUGAGAUACAGAUGUUUUCCUUUAUUAGUACAAAUAUUUUCUUUUAUUGGUUGUGACUCUUGCCAUUCAUCUUUUGUUAUCAGUAAUUGACUCAUUCCCCUGGAUGUGCCUCUAUAAAAGAGGAUUCUCAAUAAAAGAGCUUUAAGGAAAGAAAGAAAGCUUUUCUUUCUCUACGCUGCAAAAAAACAUAUGCUAUAAUAAAUCACUUUUAAAAGUA